AGGCCCUGCUGGCAGUGAUCAGUCAGAAGGACGCUAACAUCGCUCUGCUAGAGCUGUUUGCCUCUGGGAAGAUGAAGACCCAGGAAGAGGUUUUGGCUCUGAAGAGGGAGAAGGACAGACGGAUGUACCAACUCAAACAGCAGACACAGAGCAGGAUGAAGCUGAUUGCUGACAACUAUGAAGACGACCACUACCACCCCCAUCCUCCUCAUCACACCCAACCCCAGCAACCCCACCCGGGCCCCCAGGCUCAGCUCCCCCAGCCACAGUAUCAGCAACAGCCCCCAUACCCCCAUGCCCCACACUCCCAGCACUCCCAGCACCUCCAGCCCCAACCCCAAUAACACCAAGCACCCUCCGCAGCCUCAACAGCAGUACCCCCCUCAUCCACAGCAGCAUCCACAGGGGCAUCUCCAGUGGCCCCCGCCUCAGCAACAACAACACCAACCACGGCCCCAGCACCCGCAGCAAGUGCAGACCCCACACCCACAAAACAACACGCACACCCAGGACAGCAUCCACAUGGGCCUCCACCACAGCAGCAGCACCCCACCUACAACAGCACCCCCAACAGUACCCACAACAGCAUCCACAGCAGGUUCCCACAGCCCCCUCAGCAAGCCCCCCACCCGCAGCACCCACAUCCCCAGCAGCACCCCCACCACACGCCCUUUAACAACACGGCGGGCACCACUGCCACCCGCCCCCACACCACCGCGAAAGACCAGGGCCUGCCAGAGGACCCCCCCAUGCCGGCCAUCGCCCCUCCCCCGACCAGGAUGACGAGGAGGGCAUUUGGGCGUAAUCGUGUCCAUGACAACCAAAGCUCUGACGUUCAGAGGGGUGAGAUGUUUUGAAACAACUUCCUGCUUUUUCUCGUUCUCUUCAUUUUUUUCUCUUCUGUUCUCUCUCUGUGUUAGGAGUGGGCUGUGGUAAAAAAUGUUUUUCUGACUGAUAAGUAACCCUCCCUCCCUCCCUCCCUCCCUCCCACAACUGCAAGGCUCUCCAGAGAGUAGUCUCUCCUACUUAUUGACUCCCUCCUUCCUCCUCCUCCUCAUCUUCUUCAUCCCCCCUUUCUUCUUCUCUUUCAGCUGUCUGUGCUAACCCAAAUCCAAACCGAGUGACUCGUUUUGUCCUUCUCAACAAGGAGGCCUGUGCCUCGUUCAUAUUGUAUACACAUAUACAUACACACACACACACACACACACUAUAUAUAGUGUGUGUGUGACACAUAUAUAUAUAUAUAUAUAGAGAGAGAGAGAGACCGAAACAUCUAUGGAGUGUGUCUAUGUGUGUUCAGAAUUUUGUCAAUAACAAAACAUAUUGAGCAUAAAAACACGUUUUAUUUAAAUGUUUUAACUGGUCAAAGGAUAGUGUGUGGAGUGACAUAUGUGACUUUCCUCUGUUUUGUACAUUACAAGAAAAAACUCCUUAUCAGAAAGCACUCAACUGUCACAUAUCUCACCACAUCUGGGUACACCAGGACAACAGCAUUGAAGACGACAACAAACAAAACACACAACACAGAGACUGGCUGGACAAUGCAUCUGCAAUGACGGAGUCACUCCAAACCUCCACUUUAACAAAGUCACCAUCUUCUGUGAAGUCAGACUAACAGUCUGUAGAUGUCUGAUAAAUGGUGUUGUUCAUCCCUGAUAUGGCUGGUCAUCUGUUUCUGGUCAUCCUCCUUUUCGUCACCUUCCAAUACAUCGAAGCCCAAGGUCCUUGUGCUGCAAUAUCUAUGAGUACUUACAUAGCACACUCCAUCAUCCCCCACACCAUACAUCGAUUUCAUUUCAUACGCAAGAAUGUAAGGAAUUAAGUGAAAGGAAAUCGUUGUAAACACACAGCACACAUGAUUAAAUGGCACUCAUAAAUAGGAAUGAUAUCAAAUAAGACAUGCUGAUACGUAAUAUAAAGAGAAUGGCAGGGCCUAGUUUAGUAAGAGUCAGUGUCACUUGUGACAUAUACAUUACAUUCAAGAAGAGUGAUGCAAAAAGGAGUCUCUGUCCUUUCCCAACAGAUCCAAAACCAGACAUUACAGUCAAUAUUGUUGAGUACUUCAACAUCAUCUGUUUGAUUCCUGGGUCCGUCAGUCCUGACACCACCUGUAAGUUGGAGAGGAGAGUCAGCCAUCCUUCACAGUAAAGAUCACGAAGAGAAAAUCCACCUCAGCAUCCGGACAGGAGUUCUGUCUAUUCACUCCAAAACAUAGUGAUCUGAUCAGUCGUCUACAGUCAGUGAGGCGUAAGGAGGUGAGCUGUGACUACAGAUUGAGCUCAGGACCAAACUCUCCCUCUCCACACAGUGAAGGGUACAGCUUUGCACAUCUGGUGGGAGUUCACAUCAGCGAUCCAACAACUAUACAGACACCUUCUAUAGCA